CAGCAAUAAACCUCCGACGAUAUUCCAGCAGCAACUCGGACGAGCACUGACCCCAUUGUCGUUAUAGCUUCAGUUUUGGCAAAGGAAACCAGAGGAAGUUGCAAUUUGUGCAAUUCUGCUACUGAAAAGGAGGAGGAGAGAACACUAAUUGCUUACACUGAAACCUAGAAGCUGACGGGGGAGAGAGGAGGCAAUGGCAUUUUGGAGUCGCGUCAAGGAAUCUCAGAUCAGGGUUCUAUCAAACAGACUAAAAAGAUGCUAUUUUCAUAUACAUAAUCCAACUGAACUGCCGCAGCGUGCUUCAUCACAUGCUUCAAUUUGGGUUCCGAACAAGCCCAACCUAACUAUCCAUACGAAUCGGGUCGAGUUGAUGAACAGCGUCAGGUUCUUCGCUGCACCAAUUCAGGCUAAACCGAAGAAGAAAGAAAAGGACACAGGUGGGCCGAGAUUGAAUGAGAAGGUGACUGCAGCUUUCGUUCGUCUAGUCACUGAUGAAGAUCAUGUUGUAAUAUCAAGGCUUGAAGCUCUGAAUCGUGCUAAGAGUCUUAAUCUAGAUUUAGUUGAGGUUGAUCGAACUGCCAAGCCACCUGUCUGCAAGAUUAUGGACUACAAUAAGGAAAAGUAUUUAAAACACUUAAAGGAGAAAGAGCUAGCUAAGAAGAAGUCUGAUUUGACUGUAAGGAAAGGUGGUUGCAAGCUAGUCCAGUUUCUCGGUAAAACUGAAAAAAAGGAUUUGAAUAUUAAAGCAGAUACAAUUAAGAGAAUGAUGGACAAAGGUUAUCGGGUUAAGUGUAUGGCCAUGGGCAAUGGUUCUGAUAAUGAAAACUUGGGAGAGGUGCUGUCACGUCUCUCUUCUCUGAUAGAGGAUGUUGCGUUGAUUGAAAGUGGACCACAUGUGGAAAAGAAACAUGCAUAUAUUAUUGUCAGGCAUGUUAAGUUUGGUCAAAAAAAGAAGGGCACGGGAAAGAAGGCUUCUAAUGUUGCUGCAACCUCUUCAGUUGACAGUCAAGAGUGCGAAAUGGAUUCUGAUGCUGCAGACGUGAGAGUGGAACCCGGGGAUGAUUGCAUUACAGAAGAUUUGAGUGAUGAUGAUGUGGAAAACAAAUUGGACUGGAGGGCUUCUGAUGCGAAUGUUGAUACAGAUGAAGUUUCCAAUACUGGCCAUUCCAAAUUUGCUUCCAUGCCUGCAGCUUCAUCUGCUCCAUUUCAGGAAAACAGAUAUAGAGGAGAAUCAGGGAACACGGGUCCAAGAGGAAAGGAUAAUAGGUAUCUCAGACAACCUGCAAACGGAGCUGGUUCAGCUGAGAGAGAAAAUAGGUAUAGACGAGAACCAGCAGCAGCUUCAUCUCAGACUCCACCUGCAGCAGGAGAAAAUAGAUACAGAAGAGAGACUGUAAACCCAUCUUCUACUUCAUGGCAAGCUUCUCCUAGGGGAGACAAUAAUAGUUAUAGAAGAGAGCAACCACAAUUUAAUACGAAUUCUUCUUCUUCCUCGCCUCAAAGAAAAAGUGCAGAUCCCCGUUUCUUGAAUAACUCUUCCAGCAAUGGGUUCACAGAACAACGUACCUCUGAAUCUAGUGCCCACAGGUCUCCAGCCUCAGGCUAUGGUGUCUUUAAUGUUCCACUUCCACAAGCUGAAAAUGGUCCUGGAAAACAGAAUGUAGCAACAGGGCCUAAUAGAUACAAGAAAGAAAAUACAGCUAAUUCUGCAAGAUAUUCUACUAACUCUUAAUGCCCUGACCUUCAGAUCCUUGGGAGAGCUCAAAACUCAAAAUGUGGCCCCCAGACAGGAAAACUUAGAACAACCAUUUUAAUUUAAAAACAUCAUUUGUUUAGAAUAAUAUUUCAAACUCCUAAUGAUUCUGCUAUAGUUAUUCUUUUUUAUUUUUUAUUUUAAAGAUGUUUGGCACA